AUGGAGACAUACACCGUGCCUAAGGCGCAGGAUCUUGAGCGGGUCCCGCCCUUCAAGACGAAAUCUAUUAACGCUUGCAAUAGAAACAUCAUGAUUACCGCCGACAACAGCUCAUUCGGGGGCAUUCACCCUGCCACGGCGGUGACAUCACAUCAACAUGUACUGUCCAACAUGAUAGCUGAAAGCCUUGGUUCCCUCCCAGAAGCGAUUGAUGGAAAUCUCCAGACGGAUCCUACCAUGCUUGUUCAGGUCGGAGACCAGGACGUGAGACUAAAACCUGAUUUCAUCUCGGUCACGAGAGGGCCUGGCAUGUCGGCGGCUCUGUCUACGGGUUUGGACACUGCUAAAGGGCUCGCGCUUGCAUGGCGCAUUCCACUCGUGGGCGUCCACCACAUGCAGGCGCAUGCGCUUACCCCAAGACUGGUCCAUGCUUUGGAGUCGCCUGGUUUGAAGAGCGCGGAGCCAGCAUUCCCCUUCAUGUCCCUUUUAGUCUCUGGAGGUCAUACUCUUCUGGUUCAAUCAGAGUCACUGUGCGACCAUAAGGUGCUCGCGUCUACGGUCGACAUCGCAGUGGGAGACGCUCUAGACAAGAUCGCACGAUUAGUACUUCCCCAUGAAGCGCUUCGCGGGAAGGAAAUCAUGUAUGGUCGUCUUCUUGAGUGGUUUGCAUUUCAUGGACGGGCUCGGCGCUAUCUGUACCGUCCCCCAAAAGAUCGUGCUGAAGAGAUUGCUCCACGCGAGACAAAAUGGGGCUGGGCACUACCUGUACCGCUGGCUGACACCAAAAAUAUGCAAUUCAGCUUUUCUGGGCUAGGAAGCGCCAUCAAGAGGAUCUGCGAAAGCAGGAGCGAAAAAAUGAGUGAGGCAGAACGCAUCGACUUGGCAGUAGAAGGAAUGAGGGUGGCGUUUGAACAUAUUGCAACAAGGGUCAUUCGGGGGGUAAGUGGCGCACAAGCCACGAAUCAGGGAAUUCAAUCCUUGGUGAUCAGCGGGGGUGUAGCAAGCAAUGGCUUUCUCCGGAUGAUGUACGCUCAUGAAACCAUACUCCAUGAAUACUUGAAAAGCAAGCUGAUUUUUGAACAGCAUGAGGUCUUUUCUGGAUGGCCGUGGAUUCGAAAAUGUCCCGUUGGUCCUACCGCCGGCUGA